AUGGCAACAGGUGGUAACGUCGAUGCAAGUGCCGAGUAUGAUCAAUUUACCAAUCCUAUGAAAGAACAACAGGAAAAUCCACUUCAAAAUGAUGAAAGUCUUCGACAAAGUGGUAAGACAUUAGUGUUAUUAUUCACUCUCGCCACCUGAACAUCACAUUUUAGCUCUUAUCAGUCUAAAUUUGAGUCCUGCAGAAGACUUUCCGAUUAUUUCAUGAAAGCAGAACGAGGGCAAAUUUGAAAAACUGGUUCCCCUAGAUAAAAAACAUCUCUCGAGAAAAGUGAUAAGCGCUUGUUACUGAGAAAACUGCAUCAAAAAUUAUAAAAGGACUAUUGAGUCGACGCUCAGUCACUACACAUUCUCUUCUGACAAAUGCACGCUUCAUUUCGGUAGUUAUGGAUGGGAUAUAAUAAAAGCGACAGAGAGGUGUUGAUGAAAUAGGAAACUUUCCCUAUAAUGGUUAGGCUGUUGUAGUGACCAAUCUAGUUAUUUCGAUAGCUGCAAUCCUCAGUUGAUUGCCAAGUCUUAGAAUAAUGAUGUAAUCCCGAUAUUGCAUAAUAAAUAUGGACGUCCUACAAAGCUGUUGGAUUAACGCUUGUCUAUAAUUAUUCUUUUUCAAAAAGUACUUUUCCCAUUAUUGUCCAGAAUUCUAGAUUCUUUACUGAACUAGGGUGUGGGUGUGGGUGUCGGGUGUGUAGGUGUGGGUGUCGGGUGUGUAGGUGUGGGUGUGGGUAUGGGUGUGGGCGUGGGUGUGGGUGUGGGGGUGGGUGCUUGGGUG